GUAAAACGGCAACAUCCGAACCGUGUGCGUGUUAACAGUGUAUUCAUUGUUACAUGAGUUUAAAUAGCCUACCAACGGCGUCGUUUAUCACCUUUACAACUCAUUCAUUAUUGACUAUAAAUCAAGGUAAGGACAUUACUUUGUUUGAAAUAGACAAGCAGACAGACAAUUCUAUCUUCACACUAUGCGCUGAAGUUAUUCGAGGAUGUAGGCUAUUUAACAUGGUUAAAUAUCUCGAAAAGGCCAUUCUAACCAUAUUUUCUUAUCAUAAGUUGUUAAACUUUUUGAUGCGUUAACUAAUGUUUAUUUCAGUGUUUGUCAGCGAAUGACAAACACUGGAAAUGGUAUUCGUGUUGUUAAUAUGCGCGCUCCUUUCUUCUUCUGCUUGGCAUUUGGUGUCGGGUGACAAUGAAUGCUCAGUCUUUGAUCAGGACAAGAGUCCUACAAAUGUUUGUUUCUGUGCAACAACGCAACCAUUCUAACCUACACUGUUUUAAAUAGUUAUAUGGAAUGUUUUUUUCAAAUAACUUAUAGGCUGGUUUCGUUUUCAAAAGACACCAUACCGCCCCAUCAACAAAACCUUUAAUAGUGUAGGCUAGAAGACAUGACUACGAGUUAACAAUUUCGUUGUGAUUUAACCUCCUUUUCUUUUCCAAUCUGAGUAAAAUACGUUGGGUGUCGUUUGAGUGGUAGGUGGGUGUGUGGCUCUGCGCCAAACAUGCCACUGGUCUCCUUUCAAUGUUGUUCAAUCCUGUAACUUGUUUGCAUCCAUGGACUGUUCAGGUCUUCUAUCCGUUUAAUAAUUCAUUUCUAUUAAUAAACUUCCUAAAAGUAGGUAGCAACCAGCUUCUCUGAAAACGUGCAUUUGUUUACAGUCCGGCCAUGGGUUUAGAACCUUCCCACUGACGCAUAAUAAUUCGGAAAGAAAGAUGCAAUAUAGCAGCAGCGGUGAUAAGUGACACUUUGUAUCUAGUAGUUGUUGUUUUGGGGUGGUUUUACGAACUGGUUGAAGCAGCAUUUGUACUCGUAAGGUGGUCAAAUAGUCUGAAUAUGGAUGAUGCAGGGGAACCAGAGGGGACCAUGCUUUCUCGGUGGGCGGUGACGAUCAGUGUAUAUUCUCGACGCAUGCGAGUCUUUUUAAAGAAUGUUACUCUAAAAACCGAUCGACAAUGCAGUGGUUGUUACCUUUUAUCUAAUUAUUGAUGACGAAAACAAUUCAAAACAGUUAUUUUGAUCGUAGUAGAUGUCGCAAACAGUGUACAGUCGGCACCAUGCCGCCCCGCCUGCAUCAUUUGAAGCAUGUUGCCAUAUUUGAGUUAGGCUAUAGGCCUAUGUCAGAGCGGGUAUUAUACAAUCGUUUAUGCCGCUAAAGAUGACAAGUCCUGUUGACGACAUUCGUGGCUUUUACAGUUUAAUCAUUUAACCUUUUAGGUAUUAAAUUCUCCGCGUUUAGUUUACCAUUUUUACACCCUUGGCAUGAUAAAAAAAAAAAAAAAAGCCUCAAUCAAGAUGUAUCAACUCCCUUUUAUCACUUUAAAUCGGUCGUUUUUUCCCAUCAUAAUCGGAUCUGUGAACACUGACAAUCGAGCAUCACAUGGAUGCUGCCGCAUCCCUGCUAUAGGGAGUCGGGACCACAUGGCUUUUCGUUGCUUCAGCACUGCGGUUGCAUAACAGCGUCGCGAUUAUGGCCAGGCUGUCCUGUUCCUGUCUCAUUGACGUGGUGAUGGAUGAUAACCUAGUUCUCUCUCUCUGUCUGGAACUCUGGGCCAAGCAAGCAAGCAUGAAGGGGGCUCGCCUCCAAAGCAUUGUGUGAUGCAGGCCUAUGACUGUGUAUUAUGUUCAUAGUAAUGCAUGAACAGGGCCAUUGCCAGGGCUUUAGUUUUAGUGAGGCCCUGAAGGGGUUAGUAAAUUAGUUUAAACUUUCAAAACAUUUAGUGCAUUUCUAUACAAUAAACAAACUUUUUUUAAAUGCUAGUUGGGGAACAGCAAAAAUGACACUGGCCAUUAUCACCUUGGCUGCUGUAGCUUCAUACACCUCAGUCAAUCUACAAACACACAGCCUAUUAGCUAUAAAGUUGUAAUGUUCAGGGGGGAAAUGUGAUAAAUUAUUCACACUGUAGUUUUGAAAUUAAAACUUAUUACAUUUAUAGAACUGUUUUGCUUGCAUUUUAAUGUAGGCAUAUAUGGGAAGAUGUUCAUAUUAAAACCAUCUUUUUAAAAAGUUCCUACUUUAAUUAGUACAGAUUUUAUCAGGGUACCACCCCACAUGAGGCCUUGACCCCAAGUUUGGGAACCACUGUACUAACCUCUCUGAGUGCUUCAUCUCUCCUCUGCUUCCUCCUGCAUCACCACUGAGCACCACAUCACUCUCUCAGUAGCCUACUCUCUGUAAAGCAAAGUUAUGAGAACUUAGUAGCUUGUUUUUUGCUCCUGCCAAGGUAGGCUCUGUUUAUCAUUAGCUUCUUACUUCAUCCUUCUAGCUGGCUUAGCAAUUCUAGCCAGAACACUUCAACGUUACUGCAAUAGAAGUCUCAGCCGGCAGCUAGCCACCUGACUGACAUAUCUAUACGAAACGAUUUACCAGUUGUGCAUGCAUUCUUCAAGAGUUGAUUUUGUUUGAGGGCUCUGUAGACAGGAGUCGCGGGACGGUUUUAAAAUGGCCUUUUUUCAAAUUAGAAAUAAUGACAGAGGUCCGGACCUCUGUGGACUCGUUUGUAAUUACGGCCAUGUGCGUAAAUUAUGAAGACUGUUAUUCCAUGCUGUUGUAAACUGAUGGUUCAGGGACAGUAAACUCUUAUGAACAGUGAACUUUUGAAUAGUCACCCUACCUGUAUACUGUCUGUUGAAUCGGUGAUAGGCUAUCCUCCCCAAGAAAUAGAUGUCAUUUUAAUCCAUAACCCUGGCCAGAUUACAUAUCAUAUCCAUAUAUUUUACAUAAACAUAUCUAUGUGAGUGUAAGCUAUCAUUGCUUCAUUCCCCCAUCCUGUAUGUCCCAGAUGUUUGGCUUCCACAAGCCCAAGAUGUACCGGAGCCUAGACGGCUGCUGUAUCUGCCGGGCCAAGUCCUCGAGCUCCCGCUUCACCGACAGCAAGCGCUACGAGCGGGACUUUCACAGCUGCUUCGGGUGAGUGGACCACUCCUCUAUACACUGGCACAGCCCAGGAGCUCAGACCCUGGGCAGGUCCACCUCUCAGCCUUCCUCUGCAGCUCAACUCCGGGGGUAGAGAGGUCUGAGGCCUUUAGACUUCCUGUCAGAUUUAAAGUAAUCGUAUUUGUUUUACAAUUUGUCAAUACUCAUUCUCAUGAUUAUGCUACCCCUUUUACAGUGUGACUGAGUGUGUUGCUGUAAUGCAACUAGAUAUUCAUUACGUUUUGGAAAAAGUUUUGUUUUAACUCCCAAUGCAAUAACUUAAACUCCAUGGGUAAAAUACUCAAUUAUUUAUCAAACUAAGACACAUUUCCAUUUUCAUCUCAUUAAAUCAUUAUUUUUGUAUGAAACCAAAAUUGAAAGCGUUUUUAGAGUUAACACGUCUUCACCUUGUCACUCUACCUCUCGGCUAUUGGCCGGGCCAGUAUGAGUCGGUCCAUUGCUAUGGUAACCAGUGAUGUGAGUCAGCAGGAGAAGAUUUUCUGACAGAAAAUAGCUCUGACCGACUCCUACUGACUGGAGCAGGGAUAAUAAUAACCACAUGCUGAGCUUCAAGGCUGUCAUUGCUCACACACACCUUUCUCCUUAAACGACUCAAAUCCUCAUUCUCUCGCCCCUAUAAUUUGUCCCUGCAGGCUGAGUGAGGUGCGUUUUGGGGAGAUCUGUAAUGCCUGUGUUCUCCUGGUGAAAAGGUGGAAGAAACUCCCAGCCGGAUCCAUAAAGAACUGGAAUCAUGUAAGGGACUCUCAGAAUCCAUCCAUACUCCUGAUCCUACACCCAUCUACUCUCAGUAUUUCAUAUAUGUCUUAAGACAACUCUCUAUUACAGGGGGGGGACUGAUAUAAUGGUAGGCGUAUAAUAACUGCUUCUCCUUAGAUGCAGUACACCCUGUUUGCUGCCCAAUAGGCCAUUCAAUACAUUCAUGCAGUUACCUUGGAAAUGGACAUCCAUCCAGCUCUGUCACUCACCCCCUCUCUCCUGUGUCACAGGUUGUUGAUGCUAAAGGUUCAGGGUCAAGCUGGAAGACGACAGUGAGGUCCAAGAAGAUGAAGAGGAGAGCCAGGCCAAGCCAGAUCAGCAGAGUGCAGAAGGAGCUCAAGAGACGCAGUAAGCAGCUGAUACUCUGUGCUCUGCUACGCUGCCUUAUGCAGUGGAAACUUUGGGGUUUCAAAAGUAGAUGUAUCACAACUCUUCUCUCCAUUAUUUGUCCUGCCUAAAGGGCUGUGAAACAAGAGACCUUGAUUGAUAUUUGUUGACUAUUCCAAAAAUACAUAUUAUUGAUGUUUAUUUGAACCAUGGAUGCUAUGUUAUGAAUGAGUUUCUGAUUGAUUGUGCUCCACCCCGCCCCCACAGACUCUGAUGCCCACAGCACAACCUCCAGUGCCUCCCCCGCCCAUUCUCCCAGCUACAGCAACCAAUCAGACGAGGGCUCGGACGUGGAACUCUCACCAGGUGCCGCCCACUCGCCAGUCUUCUCUUUCCUGGACCUCACCUACUGGAAAAGGUAAUUGCCAGUCUGGUGGAAUCUAAUGAGGAACUACCUGAACUUGUCCAAUGAGAAACACUUGUUUUCUGUUGCAUAAUGCCUUGCUACGGUGUGCCCAAAUGAAUACAACCCAGGUUAUACUCUACCAGUUUGGGUUCAGAUGCUGCAUUUCCCCAUUAUUAACUCCAUAGCCCUAUUAAUCCUCCUUCAUGGUACAUUUGUUUGCUUUGGUUCCCUCUCACUAUAGUGCUUUGCUGUCUUGACCGUCCUCUGUGGGUUUUAGGCAGAAGGUGUGCUGUGGCAUCAUCUACAAGGGACGCUUCGGAGAGGUACUCUUAGACCCCCACCUCUACAAGCCCUGCUGCCAAAAGAAACGACAGCACGAGCCAAGAGAGGAAGGAGAGGAGGAAGCACAGGUGAGCAGAGAGAACCUGAUGAGCCCCGCGCCACCGAACAACCCCCCGCUCCCCCAGGUCAAAGACCACGAGGAGGUGCGAGGAGGAGGAACAGUGGGAAUUUGA